AUGGUCGCCUUGGCACCGGAUGCGGAAAUUGUUCCCACUGCAUACCACCCCAAUCUUGCCGAGAAGGGAAUUUCCCUCCUUGAAAAUGGAACGUCGAAUCAGAAAGUUGCUCUGAGAACUGUGGAGACUAUGCCUCCUAGAUAUGACAGCGCCGAUCCGGCAGUUAUGGCCUCAAACGGCAAUGACACCAACCAACACGAACAAAAUGUGCUCAACAGCCCCAUCGCCUUUGAUACCUCGAAUGCUCUAUUUGAAAACGAAGUGAUGACUAUGGAGGUAUUGAAGAUCAUCGAAAGUUAUGGCGUUGACUUUGAGAAGUCGGGUAUCUCCUGGAAGGGCUUUGAGUCGUUUGUUCCAAUUGUUCUGGAGCAAAUCAGCAGACAAGAGCCAAUCCGCAUGAUCUUGCCCGCCUUUCCUUUCAAGUCCCCCAAUGCGCGGAGUAAAGUGCUGGGUAUGAUGCCUGACUUUGGUGAGGAAUUGGCGUUGGCUCAUUUGAAUGGACUUUGCCAAAACAUCGGGGAAGUAUAUGGCCCUGGUGCCGACAUCUACAUCAGUUCGGAUGGCCUUGUAUACAAUGAUAUUCUGGGCGUUCCCGAUGAAACGGUUUGGGACUAUGGAGAGACCCUGCGAAAAAUGGCCAUCGAGAAAGAACUCCACCAUGUCAAAUUCAUUCGGCUGUUCGAGCUUCUCGAGCAUCCAUGGUUCCCAUCCUCAAAUCCAGAGUCUGCAAAGGCAUUCUAUCUGGCUCAUGCCCGUUGUCUCCGCCGAGAACUCAUGUAUUCUUUUGCAGAUCCGAGCUUCGACGCGACGCAGGCUAUCAAAACUGACAAUGACACAUGCCUGACAUACCGUGGCUACAUCAAGUUCUUGACCAAGGAUCUAGCCCAUCUGGAAGAGAAGGAGAAAUCGAUGUCGAAACGCGCUCGGCAGGCACAAAUUGCCGACACGGCACGGCAGAUGAUCAUUCGGGGCAAAAUGUUCGCGGCGGCCAUCAAAGCCAACCGCAAAGACUAUGUCCGACUGUCCAUCCACGAAUCUGCGGGCGAGAAAAAACUUUCUGUUUCGCUUAUUCCACAGCGUCGAGGUAUACUGGGACAUACCCCUUGGCACUCUUCUGUGGCCGUCGGACUGGACGGGUCAUAUCGCACGGUCCACGCUGAAGACGUACGCGACACGCACGAUCUCAUCUAUAAGAACGGACAACCAUAUUUCUUCCGUGAAAGAUCUGGUCUCUUUGACUGGACCGAGGACGGCCUAUCUGUCAAGUUCGAGCAUCUCUAUCCCUGCGGACUUCUUAUCCGCCCUGCCGACAUCGACAAUGUCAAUCCGCCGCCGUCCAUCCGGUCCAUCCCCAUGCAAAAGGUCCGCCAACUGUCGAAUGGCAUGUCGCCAAUUGUCAUUCGCGGAUUUUCCGAAACGCUCGAGGAGGAUCUCUACGUCAAGAAGGGAGAAGAGCUUGGAAUCAUUCUGCCGUGGAGUUUCGGUAUCAUCCAAAAGGUGCGAGACAACGGCCGCUCUGACAAGAUGGGCAACAACGUGACAUCCAACGAGGCCAUGCCGAUGCAUUUCGACGGGAUCUUCAAGUUCGCGGAGAUCACCGACCCUGAAACAGGCGAGACGAAGAAAGUCCAAGAUCCCCCGGGCUAUCAGUUCUUCACUUGUCCUGCCACUGCGCCCAAGGGCAAUGGGUACACCUUAUUUGCGAGCUCCCGACUUUUUUUCCGGUUCCUGCCUCUCCCUUGGUCUACUGAGCGUCUUGAAAAGGUUACCUGGGCUAUGGAUAAUGACGGAUUUUGGGAUGCGAAACUCAAGAACCUCCCCUUGAUCGUGAAGCAUCCUGUCUCUGGAUUACCAUGUCUACGUUGGCACCAGCCUUGGGACGCGACCAAGACCAAAUUCUCGACGUGUGAUGUUACAAUCGAGAAUGAUGACCCGGAUCUGGUAAAAGUUGUGGAUCGCCUCACCUAUGACUACAGAGUUUGCCUUCGCUUUGGUUGGGAGAAGGGUGAUCUGCUGGUUAGUGACAACGCUGCCAUGCUGCACACUCGAACUGGAUAUCUCAGUGACUGUGACCGAGAGCUAUGGCGAAUUCACUGCGACUGA